AUGGCCAAGGGUCUUCGUUCCAAGUCCGCACGCAGAUUCCGUGCUAUCAAGCGAGAGACCGUUUACGGCCCUUUGGAGGAUGCCCGUAUCCACAGACUGGCUGAGCGCCUGAAGAAGGACGCCCAGGGCCCCAAGACCUCUGAGCUCGAGGCCAUUGCCCGCGGCGAGGAGCCCAUGCAGGUCGAGAAGACCCAGGACGCAGAGAUGGUGGAUGAUAAGAAGAUUUCGACCAGCGGCCGCAAGGAUGCCAACCACGCCAAGCACAAGAUGGCCAAGGAGGACAGGAAAAAGAAGAACAAGGAGAAGUUGACCGGGCGUGAGCUCAAGAAGAAGUCCACCUUCUUCCGCUUCCACAAGUAA